AUGGAUAUCUAUCGACGCAAAGGUUUCGACCACAUUCCGCCUCCAGAGGAGAAAACGGAUGGGAACAAGCAACCGAUGGUGGCAUACUCGGUGCAAUACCUCGACAGAGAAGGAGGAGAUAUCGGCACACAGCCCCAUCCCACCACCUUUGACCUCGAUGUCGCCCGCCACGCUGUCCUGAAGUUCAAAGCCUCGGUAUUUGGCGUGGUGACCGUGCUGAAGACUUCUCACUCACCAGAGGCCUUCAGGUACCUCUCAGAUGAAUCGAGACUCGACAGGGUAUCCCGUAUCCUGAGUGACGCGUCCAUCACUGUGGAUGUGCAUGUGACAAAGAUCAUAAUCGAAUCGCAAGCUCUCGUCAGCGCUAUUCGCACGGUUGUCCGCUACUACCCCCAGAUUGAUCUAGAAGGGAACUCAUUGGAGCUUGAUGAGCUGUAUGCGGUCAUUGGGCAUUAUUUGAGGGAGCUUGAGAGCUUGCGUCAAGGUCCACAGGAUAGCGCGUUGGACCCCAAGACCACAGAACAUCUCAGACUACUCCUCGACUAUCUCCACACCAAUGUUUACAAGGACAAGAUAGAUGCUGAACGCAUCCUGCAUCUCAAAGAUCUCUGCACCUUCCAGAUGCUCUGGCUUUUGUUCAAGCCUGGCGCUACUGUCUACCUCGAGUUCCGAGGUAACCUCGCGGCCUAUGUGGUACAGUCGGUGGUAUCAGACCCUGCCAUACUUUCCGACGUGAAGCAACGCCUUGAACCCUACAAAAUCAAGCUGUGGUCUUUGAGAUACGACGGGCGGUUCGUCGGCAGAACUUCGACUGAGGUUGUUCUUCCCCCGUUUGGGGGGGAACGUGCAGUUACUUGA